AUGGCACAAACCUCAAGAUCCGAAGAGACCAAAUUUAAGGAGGUGAAUGCCAUAACCACUAGAUCAAGGAAGGUUGUAGAACCAACCCCUCCACCUAGAGAUAACAAAAAAGAGCCAAGUGAGCCUAAUGAGAGCAAUCCUAAUGAGGAAGUAGUGGAAAACCUAGCUAGAAUACCUUUCCCUCAAGCUCUCAAGUCCACAUCAAAAUCAACAAGUCAGCAUAAUGAAAUCCUAGAACACCUUAGACAAGUCAAAAUCAAUUUGCCUCUCUUGCAUGUGAUCUCUCAAGUUCCUACAUAUGCUAAAGUCCUUAAGGACUUAUGCACUAUAAAAAGGAAGCAUCAUAUCAAAAAAAGUGCCUUCUUAACCGAGCAAGUGAGUGCUGUGAUAGAACAAAGGAUCCCACCAAAGUAUAAGGAACUUGGUUGUCCUACCAUUUCUUGUGUCAUUGGGAAUCGUGUGUUUGCACAAGCCCUUCUUGAUUUAGGAGCUAGUGUCAACCUUAUGCCCUAUGCUAUAUACUUGUUGUUAGGUCUAGGAGAGAUGAAACCCACCUCAGUGGUUCUACAAUUAGCCGACCAGUCCACCAUACAACCAAGGGGAAUAGUUGAGGAUGUGUUAGUUCAGGAUGAUAAAUUUUACUACCCCAUUGAUUUCUUGGUAUUAUAUGUGAAGUUUGAGUUUGAUGAAGCUAACAUUUGGAAAUAUGAUGCUCUUAUCAAUAUUUUCCAUGUCACCAAAAAACCUACAGAAGAUGAUGAAUGCCAUCAAACCUACAUGAUUGAUGUAUUCACUCAGGAGAAAGCAUCCAGAAUAAUUGAUUCUGAUCCUUUGAACUCUUUUCUCCUAAAUUCUAAAAUUUCAUACGAUUUUGAUGUUGAUAAGUAUGCCAACAUUUGUGCUAUUUUUGGAAAAUUGCAGGACCAUGGGACUUCACCAUGGCAACCCAAAUUUGAGGAAUUGUCGAAAAGGACUAGAGGACAGAAACCAUCAAGUAUUGAAAGCCCUAGACCAGAAUUGAAACAACUUUCUAUAGGGCUGAAACAUGUGUUCCUUAGAUCAG